AUGAAAUAAUUGAUCCCAAGCCAUAAAGCCUAAUCUCUUAUCAGAAUUACACAGACUGGAUGCUCUAAACAAUCCCCAAUCAAGAGUAGGUCGAAUUAAAGAAAUCAGAGUUUGCCUGGAUUUCCAACCUAGUAAAUUGAUAAGGAAGAAGAUGAAGAAGUAAGUGGUAUGUUAAUUUAGACAAAAGAAAUAAACAAAUUAGUGUAAGAUUAAGAACUGUGUUCAUUGGAAUAAAUAUAAGAUAAAGGGAGAUCGUAUUUGAUUGAUAAUCAACAUUAAGUGUUUGAUAAUAAUUUGCAACUGAUUAAACCAAAUCUACCUAAUGCUAGUGAAUAGGGACUGAGACGGUAUUAUCUGAAGUCUGAACGAUAUAAGGAAAUGUAGUAAUUUUAUCAUGUUGAUAAAAAUAUAUACGGAAGAAUGAACGAAAAGAUAUAAACAGAGAGACUGAUGCCAAGAACAUUAAAGUUACUGGCAGACUCUCCUGACAAAUUAGUAGCCAAUAAUAUAUUUGGAAGUGACAAAUACGUAUAAUUAUUUGCUGAGGGGAUAAGCAGCUCUCACUUUAACAAUUUAAAGCGAUUACAAUUAAGAAAUAACAAGCUAAAUAAUAAUCGAACUUGCUUAUUGACUCAAAGGCUUCCUAGUUCUAUAAUAGAGUUAGAUUUCAGUAAUAAUAAAAUUGGUACUUCUGGAAUAUAGAGCAUUUGUAAUUAUAUAUCCUCUAGAAAUUAUAAUAUUCAGCAUUUGAAUCUGGAGGAUAACAAUCUUAAGGAUCUUGCCGUCCUUACUAUUUUAAAAACAUUGAAUGACAGCAAAUCAAUUCGAGUUCUAAAGCUUUCUAAAAAUUAGAUUACUGAUAUCCCAAUGGACACAUUAGGAUAACUACUGAAGAAGGUAUUAUAUCAAUCAUAUUGAUAGAAUAAUUCAUUGCAAGAAAUUUAUUUGCACUUCAAUUAGAUAAAAAAUGCUGGAGGGCUGACAAUCAUGAAAGGCUUGAUAAAGAAUUAAUUCUUAAAAGUCUUAGACCUAUCAUUUAAUAAAUUAGGACAAAACCAAGAAUUCAUCUCUGCAUUGUCUGAGUAAGAUUUAAAUUAAAUAAUAGUGUUUUGAUUAAGCCACAUCCUGAGCUAACCCAUUUAGACUUGUCAUUCAAUAGAUUUAAUGAUGAAGAUGCUAUGGCCAUACACAAAGCCCUCUUAUAUAAUCAAUAAUUAUUUGGGUUUCAUUUUUCUGGCAAUCCUCAUAAUUAUUACGUAAAUCCUAGAGCCUUUCUGGUGAAAGAGAUUCAGUAUGAUGAGAAUAAGUCAGAUCCUAAGCUCUUUAAGAGAAUCAGUAGUGUGAACUGCAUAAAUACUAAAACCAAAGAGAAUUGUUGGAUUUGUGAAGGUUGGGUAGAGAUCGGAUUUCAUUAUUCAGGAAUUGAGUAUUAACAUCCCAUCUUUUUGCAUCUCGAUUUUGAAUAGUAUAGGCCAAUCUUAAUGAAUCAAUAGGCCAAUAGCUAUUAUCUGUAAAGAAUGUGUCCUCCAAACAAGAAGAUACAUUACUUUUUUAGCAAUCCUGUCUAUGAUGUGAGAUUUGUGGCUAAGGAUCAAAAGACUUUGACUCUUGAUAUCAACGAAGAAAUAAGGAAGAAAGGAAUUGAAUUGCAAUAUGCAGAUGGUUCAUCAGCAUUAGUUUAGUUGUCUAUUGUGAAUUACAUACAAUCAGGAUAAAGUGGAAAUAUUAUAGAUUCUACAAAACAUUACAUGGCGAAUAUAACAUGCAGACCAAGAGAAUCAGAGUCAAUCAUUGAUAUUGAUUUAAACAAAGCGAAAAAGCGAGUUUGGUCGUAUGAAAAUUCAAUUUUCAAAGACUUUUAACCAGAUACAGAAGGGCAUCUAUUGGAUUGCUUUGAAUUUGACUUUGAAUGUGGGAAAUUGAUAAAGCAUUUGCAGAACCAGUAGGAAAUUGAGUAAUUGAAAGAUAAAAUGAAGAAGAUCUACAAGUAUAUUAUUGGAUGUUAUCAUUAUUUCUGUGCUAAAACACUCAAUUAUGAUCUUCCUUGUAUCAAUUUACAAAGCUUUUUGGAUUUCAUUUCACAAACUAGCAUCCUUGAAAAAUCAUUAAUGAAUUCCUUAGAUCUAUAGUUAACAUUCCUAUCCAGUUAUGUAGUAAUGAAACAAACCAAUUAUAUUCAUAUCCAAGAAAAAUGUUUAGUGAGAUUCUAAUUUGUUGAAAUUAUUGUGAGAUUGGCAAAAGAACAAUACAUUAGAACAGGUUUGGCUAGUAAUAUGGCCGAUGCCUUGGAAAUGUUGUUUGAAUAAGAUGAAGUAUUGUAAUUUAUGUAAAAAUUUGGAAUCUCUUAAGAUUGGAGAGAUACUCGUUAUUGGACUGAAUUGAUGGACUAUACAAUCAGAAUUAAGAUGCCUAUUUUGGUUAUACUAUAUGAGAAUGGUUGUAAAUAAACAAUGAAACAUGGAAAUAAAUAUAUGACAUUAUCUGAUUUCAAGUUGUUUGUUGAUUAAUUUGAACUUCAAAAAUACAUCUCUGAGAAAGAACUGUAUUUGAUCUAUCUAUAGAGUAUGCAAACCCAAAGAGAUGAAUUAAGAGAAUCAAAGUUCUUGAAAAUGGAGUUACUAGAAUUUAUAGAAGCUAUAACAAGAUUGGCAGAGAGAAUUUCACCUGUGACUCCUAUGUAUGCAAAGAAACACAGCAACUUAAUAAAUGAUGUUUCAAGAAGAACCUUUCCUUUGUUUGUAAAAUUUGAAGGGAUUAUCAUAAUUAUGUAUCUGAAGUUGAAGUCUCUAUUUUUGGAAAUUCCUAAUGUAGAAAAAGAAAUCAUCUAUAAAACUGUCAUAAAAACAGAGAAAGCAAGGAAAUUGGGAAUCUAUGGUAUAAAAUUAGUAUAAUCAUUAAAUAGAAGAAGACAACAGUUCCGAUGAGGAGAAAAUAAGAUCUAUUAGAAAUUUAAAUCUCCUGCCAGAAGAAGGAUUAUUACCUCCACCAUCAUAGUCAUUAGGAUGGAACAAACUCAGAUAAUGGGCUUCAAAAUAGAAGAGAAUUUCGAUGGAAUCUGCAAACAUUUUAGAAUAAUUGGAAAAAUAUCAAGUUCAAGAAGACGAAAUGUUUGAGAAAUAAGGAGAUGCUAUAUCUGGCUAUGAUAGAUUCAAGAUUACUUAAGAAAAGAAGAAAAGAGAAGAAUAUAAAAAAACUAUCCUAUACUAAGAUCCUUAAUUCAAAUUCGAAGAGGAAGUGCCUAAUUGA